UCCAGUUACGCAUUCAUUCAAUCAGUGUCAGUUGAGCUCACAACAACCGGUAGUUUUCUGUCUUCCUACCGGCUCAGUUCAUGGUUAACUUCGAGGUCUUCGUGUUCUGCUUCACUUUUACACUCUGGACGGUCUUUGUUCCUUUUAACACGGCACUACAGACGGACCUUAAAGUUCAGGUGAUUGGGUCCCUUCGGCCAAUCAUCGCCGCCCCGGGCGAUGAUGUCAUCCUGCCGUGCCGGCUAGAGCCCGGCGAGGACGUGCGGGACAAGACGGUGGAGUGGUCCAAGCCGGACCUGAAGCCGGACCCGUCGGACCGGCUGAGCCGCGUCGGCUACGUGCACCUCUACCGGGACAGACGGGAAGUCCCCGACAUGAAGAUCCCGUCGUACGCCCGGAGGACGGCGCUGUUCACCGACGCCCUAAAGGAGGGAGACAUCUCGCUCCGGAUCGCCAACGUGACGCUCGCCGACACGGGCCGGUACCGAUGCUACGUGCCCAAGCUAGACUGCCACUCCAUCGUCGAACUCGUCGUCGAGCCACGCUCUGUUGAAACCUGGACGACGGAGACGCCGCUGCAUCCCAAAAUCCUCCAGACUCCAGGUCACAACGAUGAGACGGCUGUUAAAGGUGGGCGUCUGUACCUGAGCGUACCGAUCCUCGGUGUGUUUGGCUGCAUCGUCCUGAUCCUGAGUGCUGGACUCAGCGCAUAUUUACUCAAACUAAGGCCUCAACACCAAACUGUAAGUCAGGACAACUUGCUCGUUUAAGAGAGAGCACCAGCGCUACCUUCACUACUACAUCUGGGACAACGUUCAGUCGGGAGAUGGCUGCCGCGGCAUUUCACCGGACCUUUUAACCGACCCACGGUGGAAGACAAAAGACAACGUGUUAUUCUCUGUAUCACAUGGUUCUCCUCCACCAGCUGGGGGGGACUGGGAGGGAAAUACACCGUUCACUAACUGGCUCUUUGUGGUUCUGUUGUUGUAACGACGCUGUGUGACCAGAGGCCCCGCGUUAUGGAGCAAGGUUUGGCCUCAACGAGGUGACUUCAGGGUUUGGUGGCUCACGGCGGUGGAUCGCUUGUUGCCGGGUCAACGGCGCCUUCACAUCGGCACAGUAGGAUGCGUUAAACAAGUUGAACUCGUACGACAGACAUUAGGGGUGUGCAAAAAACAAACAAAAAAAAUCGAUUCAAGCUCUACCAAUUCAAAAUCGUUGGCUUAUUUUAUUAUUGUAUGUCUACUACUAAUCACAUGGGAAUAGUAACUACAUUUACAUACUGUGAAUCGUUUUUUUAAAUCGAGAAUCGUUCUUCAUUCCACAUUUUCUGAAUCGUGCACCCCUAGUUCCUGUCUGACAAUUUUAUUAAGGCAGUUGAUACGAUACCUGCUAUGGCUCGGUUGGUUAGCAACAGACAACGGACUAUUGAUAUUACAGUGUUUUCGUUUAGGAUUUUUUUUAUUUUUUUUUAGCAGUGGGGGCAGGUCUCGUCACUUUAUUAUAUCGCUAUAUCGCAUUUAACUGACCCAACCUAUCAACAUCCUGGGCAGCUUUUCUCCACGCAGGACCCAAAUGCAGAGACAGCAGGCAAAAGUACUAAGCUUGAGGAUUUAAUAUCAUACACAAGAUAUACAACCCAGGAGUCCUCAAGACAGCAGGCAAGGAAAUCCAAAACGUGGUAGCAGUCAAAAAAAACAAAAACAGGAAGUAAACAAGACAUGACAAGGGAGGAAAAACAGACUACCAAAAUAAAACAGGAAACAGAACAAAUACACAAUCAUAACAGCAACAGCCUUUCUGUUUAUGAUAGAUAGAUAGAUAGAUAGAUAGAUAGAUAGAUAGAUAGAUAGAUAGAUAGAUAGAUAGAUAGAUAGAUAGAUAGAUAAGAGGUCAUAGAGAAUUUUUAUUCGGAGCUGAUUUCAAGUGCCAGUGUGAAGGCGCCGUCACGGAGAGUCCACGGAUCUGAACUGGAUUACUGCGGUUUAGUCACGAUGUCACUCUUGGAAGAUUUAAAAUGACAUUUCGCACAAACACAACCUCCAAAGUUAGGCCAAUAACCUCUGACACGGACAUAUUUCUCUUUACAAUUUAAGACUUGAGAUGGUAAAGGCACCACGGUGCUUUUAUUUUAUUUUUAUUUUUUUACCUCUGUUCUUAAAAUCUCAUUAAACUUUAUUAUCUGUUUACAAAAUGAACCCGAACACUACAACGAGGAAGAAGAUGUUGGACAGAUAUUAAGAACGUACGGAUUUACCUCAAGUCUUCAACACACUGUGUAUUUACGACAUGCCAAAUAAUACGUACACUAACCAUAGAUAUGCUUUUAUAAAACUGAUGUGUGGACGUUGGGUCAACUUGUCAUCUGUUGCAUUUUCGCAGCAGCCAAUUUUAUUCCUCAAGUCUUUACUAGCUGAGAUAAGAUCAUCUUUUGGGCAUUUUUAGGCCUUUAUUUUGAUGACGUCGAGGAGUGAAUCUCUGUAUACAGAGGCUUGUAAAGGUAUUCAUACCCCUUGAACUUUUCCACAUUUUGUCACGUUACAACCACAAACAUGAAUGUAUUUCAUUGGGACUUCGUGUGAUGGACCAACACAAAGUGGCCCAUAGUUGUGAAGUGGAAGGAAAAUGUAACAUGGUUUUCAAUUUUUUUUUUUUUUUACAAAUAAAAAAAACUGAAAAGUGUGGCGUGCAAAAGUAUUCAGCCCCCCCUCAAGUCUUUUUUGGGGUUAUGUCUCUACCAGCUUUGCACAUCUAGAGACUGAAAUUUGUGCCCAAUUCUUGUUUUACAAAAUAGCUCGAACUCAGUCCGAUUGGAUGGAAAGCAUCUGUGAAAGGCAAUGUUCAAGUCUUGCCAGAUAUUCUCAAUUGGAUUUAGGUCUGGACUUUGACCGGGCCAUUCUAACACAUGAACACAUGAAUAUACUUUGAUAUAAACCAUUACAUUGUAGCUCUACCAACUGGGCCACCCAGGCGCCCAGCUGAGAUAUUUCUUAAGUUUCAAUGGUUCUCUCUCUCUCUCCCCCUAACUGACCCCAGCAUCACCUUAUUUAUAUUAUACCAUAUAUUACAUUGUUGGGUUUUAUUAUGUAAAAACUAUAUGCAAUGAAGUGUGUGUGUGUGAGACUGUUUGUGGUCCAGUAUAGUAUUUUCUAGUUUGUUGCACUCUGUUCUUGUUUUCAAAUGUUGCUCUAAUGUUUGGUCUCGUGGUUACAAGGAGAAGCUGCUAAAUAAAUCACAUUUUUGAAAUGAC